GUACACAGGCGAAAGGACCAUUUAAUAUUGACAGAAUAUGGCCACUCUCAUGGAACGACUGGCUUUUCUUCAAAAAGUUCCCACACUGAUGAAGGCCACGGCAGAUGACGAAACGCCUUGCCCCGGCUAUCUCUUUGAAGAAAUUGGAAAAAUUUCCCAUGAGUCAGUGGGUUGCUGUCAGUGUCUGUUGGAAUACUUGUUGGAGAGGUUGCAGGUGGAGUCUUGUCAUGUGAAAUUAAAGGUACUUAAGAUACUGCUGCAUGUCAGUGGACAUGGGCCGCCGCAUUUUCUCACGGAACUACGCAGAAACGUUACGUUUAUACAGGAGGUGACAGUCUACAGUGGUCCUCCAGACCCCAUUCAUGGAAACGCUCCCUACCAGAGGGUGCGAAGUGCUGCUCAGGAUUUGGCCAGUCUCCUGUUCACUGACACGGUCACUGCGGAGACUGGGCUGUCCCCCUGUAAAGCUGCCACCCCAACCAUGGGGAUGGGCUCAGAGUCAUCUCCCAGGUCUGGACUGCAGGGGUUUGGAUACAGCCCAGCGAAGAAAGGCACUGGUGCAGCGACGCUGUUAGACAAGAUUCAGAAAGCUGCUGAAGUUGUGGCAAGUGCUGUCCUGCCUCCUUCAGAACAACCAGGAAUCCGUCUCCAAGACAACCACUACCGGGCCGUGGUGGCGCCCUCUGGUGUGGUGGAGGUGGCAGUGCCAGCGUGUGCCUAUAACGUGCCAAAACACAGCCGCAAAGCGGCUGGCAGGUGCCCGGGGCAGCCUGGGGGGGGCUGGGAGGAGCAAGACAGCGGCCACGGCUCUCCCUGCGACUCCUCUCGGGAGAAUGGACCAAUCGGCCGGACCUCAGGGGGUGGGAGCAGCAAGUCAGGUGGGACAGACAGCCACUCAGGAGCCAGCAGGGAGAGCGGAGACUUAUCAGAGCGGGUGGAGGCCAUGCAGCUGGGAGACUGUGGCCAGGAGGUGGCGCUCAUUUCCACGUUGAUGGAGGGCUCCAGAGUGUUCCUCACGAGAGAGGAGACCCAGCACUUCAUUAAAGAAUGCUCCACUCUAAACUGUGAGGUGGUCGUGGAACUUCUUGCUCGCAAACUGCUGGACCCCUCACACAAUGUCCAAAUGAGGGCACUGUGUGCAGUGGCCUGCCUGAUGUCAUCAGACCUCCUCUCCCUGGAUCAAAUCUUCAUGGCCACGCAGGUCUCUCUCUCCCGGCUCAGUCAGGGAGCCUCUGGGCCUGUCACCAACAAAGCGACCAAGCUCCUGCGACAGUUUGAGGCUCUGAUGGGAGGUCCGAGAGGAGCAGCCCAUCAGAACUUGCCUUCCAAUAAUCCUUUGGUCUCUGACCCAGCGUCUGACUCCUCUCUGACCGAGCCGAUGCUCCCCGACCCGCUGGCCGUCGCGGACCCCCCCGGCGCUGCGGGGGAACAGCCCCCGCCCGCCGGCUCUGACGGUCCCUCCACGCGGGCAGGGCCGGAGGAAGAGCGAGGCUGUGAUUCAGGGGAAGAGACUGCGGACGCUGCAGAGGGAGAGGAGGCCAGGGAGACAGAGGACCUCUCCAGCUGUCGCUACGCCAAAACGCAGGAGGGAAAUUUAAAGCCCCCGGAGCAAAGCCAAACCCCUGCCCUGCCCUCCUCCUCCUCCCACCACCCCACGCUGUCUCUGUUUAGUGGUAUGGAACUGGUGAACAGAGGCAAACCAGUAUGCCUGGUCGAACCCGUGCUGGUGGAACCGGAAGGCCAGACAGACGCGCAAAUGCCCACGGCUCCUGAGAAGAGUGUGGAGAUGGCAUCGGUUCUCCCGUCAUCCCCACGCGACAGCCGGCCGCCCUCUGCCUUCUCUUUCCUUAACCUCUGACCCUGCCUGCCGAGAAACGACUUUCACCGUAACGACUUUACUGUUUAA